AUGAUGUUCCCCCUCUCUGGCUGCUGGGGGACUGAACUGUUACUGUUGCUGGUCCUGGCUCUGGCUGUGAGAGAAUCCUGGCAGACAGAAGAAAAGUCUUGUUACCUGGUAGGAAACAAGGAGAAGGAGUUGAAGCAAGAUCAGGCUCUCCUGGAAAGGCUACAGCCACUGUUCAACAAAAGUUUUGAGAGCACUGUGGGCCAGGGCUCAGACACAUACAUCUACAAAUUCAGAAUAUGCCAGGAAGCUGGCAACCACUCCUCUGGGGCAGGCCUGGUGCAGAUCAACAAAAAUACCUGGAAGGAGACGGUGGUUGGUAGGAUCAACGAGACUCACAUCUUCAAUGGAAGUAAUUGGAUCACGCUGAUCUAUAAAGGGGGUGAAGAAUAUGACAACCACUGUGGCAAAGAGCAGUGUUGUGCAGUGGUAAUGAUCUCCUGCAAUCGACACACAAUAGCGGCUGAUGGCUGUGACUCUGUGAGCCGUUCCAAACCCUGCAACAUGCCUGCUGCCUAA